AUGACAUAUAAGACCACUCUCAACCUUCUUUCGGCACACCAGAAGAUGGUGCCAAACUUCAGCUGUGCUACUGUGAAGAAACUUGUAGCACUCAUUGGAGGGCUUUCCUCUGAAGUCUCUGCUGACAUUGCCACCAUUCUGAACGUCUACAAAACUCCACAGAUCGUAAGACCUUCUUGGGAUGAGGGAGACAGCUUUAUCCAGGACUUCUGGGAGCAGGCAUUCCGUUGUUCUUUGAAAGGGUCUAAAGAGAAGGAGGAGAAUAAAGAGAUGUGUACUGGGGAGGAGAAGCUGGAGAACCUUCCAGGGAUUUUGUUUGAAAUGGGCAUGUCUGGCCAGAGCUACAGUGUUUACAAUGCUGUAUAUUCAGUGGCACAUGCUUUAAAUGACAUCCACUUAUUGAGGUCCAAAGACAGAAGACUGAGAGGAGGAGGAGGGCGGCUGGAUAUCCAGAAGCUACAGCCCUCACAGGUCCACACAUUGUUAAGGGGCAUCUUGUUCAAUAAUAGUGCUGGAGACACGGUGCAUUUUGAUAAAUACAAUGAAUUAGUUGCAGAUUUUGAUGUUACCAACUGGGUUACCUUCCCCAAUGGCUCAUUCGUUAGAGUAAAAGUGGGAACGCUGGAUCCUCAUGCCCCUCCAGGCAAUGAACUACAUCUUAAUGAUGCCCAGAUAGUGUGGCACAGAAGUUUUAACCAGGUGGUGCCUCUCUCUGUGUGCAAUGAUCCCUGCCUUCCUGGCUACAGCAAGAGAAAGAAAGAGGGAGAGAAAUUUUGCUGCUAUGAUUGUUUUCUGUGCCCGGAAGGGAUGUUCUCUGGCCAGAUGGACCUGGAAGCCUGUGUCAAAUGUCCAGAUCAUCUUUAUCCCAGCAGAGAAAAAAUUCAAUGCAUCCCCAAGAAUAUAAACUACCUCUCUUACCAAGGAACUCUAGGGAUGGUGUUAGCUUUGUUGGCUAUUUCUUUAUCUAUGGUGACAGUCCUGGUACUUGGAACUUUCAUUCAGCACAUGAAUACGCCUGUUGUCAAAGCCAACAACCGUAGCCUCACCUAUAUUCUUCUCAUCUCUCUCCUGCUUUGCUUCCUCUGUUCAUUACUCUUCAUUGGGAAACCUGCAAUCGUGACCUGUCUGAUCCGACAAGUGACAUUUGGCAUUGUUUUCUCUGUGGUCCUUUCCAGUGUGCUGGCCAAAACCAUCACCGUGGUUCUGGCCUUCAUGGCCACCAAACCAGGAUCCAGAAUAAGGAAAUGGGUGGGCAAAAAAAUGUCACAUUCUAUUGUCCUUUCUGGUUCCUUAAUUCAAACAGCUCUUUGUACUCUUUGGCUCAGUACUUCCCCACCCUUCCCAGAUCAGGAUAUGCACUCAGUGCCUGGAGAAAUCAUACUUCAGUGUAAUGAAGGUUCAGCCGCCAUGUUUUACUGUGUCAUAGGCUAUAUGGGCUUCCUUGCCAUUGUCAGCUUCACCGUGGCUUUUUUAGCCAGGAAAUUACCGGACAGUUUCAAUGAAGCCAAAUUCAUUACUUUUAGCAUGUUGGUCUUCUGCAGUGUUUGGUUGUCUUUCUUCCCAACUUAUUUGGGCACCAAAGGGAAAUUCAUGGUGGGUGUGGAGGUCUUCUCCAUUUUGUCAUCUAGUGCUGGGGUGCUGGGUUGCAUCUUUUCCCCAAAAUGUUAUGUCAUUUGGCUGAGGCCAGAGCUGAACAACAGGGAGCAGUUAACUAGGAAACUAUGA